AUGAGGAAAAUGCUGGCCGUUGUGGUGUCCCACGUGUUUUCCGGAGUGGCCCAAAAGCCAGGUCUCAGGGGGCUGCUCGCAUCCCUUAACUUCUCCAAUGAUGUCACAUGUGACAUUAAGAAAUGCGAUCUGUACCGGCUGGAAGAGGGACCGCCCACCUCCACCGUACUCACCAGAGCGGAGGCCCUGAAAUACUACCGGACCAUGCAGGUGAUUCGGCGCAUGGAGAUGAAGUCCGAUCAGCUGUAUAAGCAGAAGUUCAUCCGUGGUUUCUGUCACUUGUGUGAUGGGCAGGAAGCCUGCUGUGUGGGACUAGAGGCCGGGAUAAACCCCACGGACCAUAUCAUCACGUCCUACAGGGCUCAUGGCUUCUGCUACACGCGAGGGCUCUCAGUGAAAUCCAUUCUCACAGAGCUGACUGGACGCCAGGAAGGCUGCGCGAAAGGCAAGGGAGGCUCUAUGCACAUGUACGGCAAGCACUUCUAUGGGGGCAAUGGCAUUGUCGGAGCACAGGUACCCCUGGGAGCUGGUAUUGCUUUCGCCUCUAAGUACUUGGGAAGUGGCGAGGUCUGUUUGGCCUUGUAUGGCGAUGGUGCGGCUAACCAGGGCCAGUUAGCUGAAGCUUACAAUAUCUCAGCCCUGUGGAAAUUACCUUGUGUUUUCAUCUGUGAAAAUAACCGCUAUGGGAUGGGGACGUCUAUUGAGAGAUCAUCUGCCAGCACUGAAUACUACAAGAGAGGCUUUUUUAUCCCUGGACUGCGGGUGAAUGGAAUGGAUAUUCUCUCUGUUCGUGAGGCCACCAAGUUUGCCGCUGAUCACUGUAGAUCUGGAAAGGGGCCCAUUUUGAUGGAGCUGCAGACCUACCGUUAUCAUGGACACAGUAUGAGUGAUCCGGGCAUCAGUUACCGUACACGAGAAGAAGUUCGUGACAUGAGAAGCAAGAGUGACCCCAUCAUGCUUCUCCGCGAGAGAAUGAUAAACAACAAUCUCAGCAAUGUUGAAGAAUUGAAGGAAAUUGAUGCAGAUGUGAAAAAAGAAGUCGAAGAGGCGGCCCAGUUUGCUACAACUGCUCCAGAACCACCGUUGGAAGAAUUAGCCCAUCACAUCUACUACCAAAAUCCACCCUUUGAAGUUCGUGGCACAAAUAAGUGGAUCAAGUACAUGUCCUUCAGUUAG